ACACACCCAGCCAGCGGAGCGUCAAUUCAACCUCCAUCCUUUCAUAUAAUCGAUACUUUCAUUUAUAGGAUUACAUCGGAAUCCCCUGCAUUUUCCUUCAUUUUUGUCCAGAGUUGUCCGAGAGAGGAGAGUGGUUUAUGAAAAGUUUUUUAGAGAGCGAAGUAUGAGGACAUUAUUACCGGUUUAUUUCAGCCUUUAAAUUCACCAGUGGAUAAACGUGUGGGAGCAAAGUGAACGGAAUACCAGGAUUGCGAAAAAAUGAAACGAUUUUGCGGAGUCCAUCAACACCAGCUCGUCCUGCUAUUGGCUGCUGCCAUGGCGACGGCCCUCGACUCUUCACACAACCUGGCCAAUGAGAGGAGUUCGAUUGAAAGCACCUACGAGCUGACCAAGUACCUGGAGUACCAGCUCAAAGAAAUCAAAGAGAUAUAUCUGACCUACCUAGGCCCUCCAUUCAAUGAGAAAGACUUCUCUCCUCCUCGGCCCAACAGCACUGCUCUCACCUUGCCCAGUGCAGCCACCCGUCUGGAGCUGUGGCAUGGCCUAGAGAACCAGGCUCGGCUCGCCCAGAACCAGAGGGCUUACUCCGUGUUGCUGGCAGCUGUCAGGGAGUUGGCCAGCUCCACCCUCUGCCCCUCCCUCCAAACCUCUCUGCUGCAUUUUUGCACUGGCCUGGAUGGACUGCUGGGCUCCAUAUCCGCACUGAUGACCACCCUCGGCUACGCACUUCCUCCUCAGUCUGCAAACAUGGAAAGUAACAGUGGAGAGCUGGGCCUCCCUCAGAGGGGGGGCUCCCGACCUGCUCCACUGAUGAGCCAGAGCCUUUACAGGUCCAGAAUCGGGACCAGGACAGAGUCUAGUCGUGGUAACAACCAAAGAAGAAGCGGGACAAGGUUGGUGACAGGAGAAAGGGAGGAUGGCGUCACUGUGGACCUGGUGGAGAAAAGGAGAGGCAAAGAGGGGAGGAGAGCAGAGACGACUGCAGCUGGAGGAAGAAGUGGUGGAUCGAGGGAGAACGGUAGAGGAGAAAGAGGAAGGAGAGGGAGGAGGGAAGAGCCGGAGAACGGGAAAUGGAUCGACAGUGAAGAAAUGAGAGCAGGGGAGGGAGAAGAGAUGGAGCGAGACGGAGGUGAGGAGAGAUGGGGGACGAGAAGGUUGCUGAGUGUCAAUGAGGAUGGAGAGGAGAAGGACUGGCAGCCUAAACCCAGGGUGGAAGAGUCGUUCCCGGGUACAGACAAAACAGACAACACCGACAAUCAAUACAGUUACAACAUGAACCCUCAUCACAUGGACACACUCAGAAAGGAGGAUGGGUUUAUUGUAGAGAGAAGCAGAGGAGCAACAGCGGAGGAGGAGAAGCCAACAAACAUGGCAGCUUCCUCCUACUCCUCCACUUUCCAUCAUCAGCGUCGCCCUCCUCGCGCUCUCCUCUCCCCUUCCCUCCAACCUCCCCUGUCCACCCUGUCCUUGCUCUACCAGUUUGGUACGGGUGAGGAGCACACCCUCCUCUCCCAGCCCGUCCCUCUCUCGUUACAAAGGGGAACCUCCCUCCUCUCGCCUCCUCUAACUCCGCUACUUUCCUCUACCUCCUCUGCCUCCGCUUCCCUUUUGUCGGUGCGGCCCACAAUGAACGACUUUGCCAGGAAGGUGGAGGGGUUUUGGAUAUUGAGAGAGCUGCAGAGUUGGUUGUGGCGGUCAGCCAAGGACUUUAACCGCCUCAAGAAGAGACUCAGAGGCUGAGGCUGAGACAAUGACACAAACACUUGCAGUACAUUAAGAAAUCGGUUGUUUGCACAACAUGUGAGUGGAACCACCUCGAAAGCUUUAAAGGGCUACUUCAAUGACCAUUUGUAACUAAUAACUCAUCCUGUGGAACCUUAAAUACUUGAAGAAAACCUUGUUUUUCUUGCAUGCCUUCAUGCUGAAAGCAGAAUUUAAAAACUGAAUUAAAUCGGGACAGUGUUUCACACCAGCAAAACUAUAUCAAACCAUUAAUUUACAAACUCUCACCCCGCUCAUGCAGUUUAAUACAAGUCUUAUUGAUCCAGUCGUAUGCUUGCUACUUGCCAAACACAUGCAAUCUAACUAAAACUGAACUUGGACUUGAAAUAUUUUGCACAAGUUCACUGAGACCUUGUAACCAUUUUUGGAUUCCUGUUCACUGUGGAGGCAUGCGUAAUGGACAUUCAAAUAAUCAUUUUGAGGAUGAAGUAUUCCUUUAACAGGCAAAAGCACAUAAACACAUUCGUGGUUAACACAUUCAUUCAUGCUGUACUGGAAUAAGUCAAUGAAGCACUAUUUGGCAGGUCUCCAGAGACGCUGAUGGAAUAUUACACACACAAAGCCAACACAUUACCAGCACUGUCACCCGCCUGAUGCACAACAGCUCAUUGAGCGAGACACACUGAGACUGAGCUGAGUUACCGGACAGAAACAGAUCAACAGAAAUACCACUGUAGGUGGUUACACACACACACACACACACACACACACACAGAUACACCGGGUGACGGGCAGAGAGACAAACACUGCAGCCAUUGAGAGAAACCGGAUUCGGUGACCACCAGAUGUAUGAAUCAGCAAACAUUAAUUUUCUCUAAAGGAAGAACAUUUCUGAAUGGGUAAAAGACAAAAGGAGAGGAGGAAAUGACCAGAGCGUUGAAGAAGAGGAGACAAAGGGGCAAGAAAAAGAGAGGAAGACGGGAUGAGACGCGAUUCAGUCAGGGGAUGAGCGCUGGAAAUAACUGGCAGAGGAGUAUUGCUGAGUAAUCUGAUGUCAGCCAGUCAGUUACUGUAACUCUACAACAGUGCUACACACACACACACACACACACACACACACACACAUACACACACACACACACACACACACACACACACACACACACACACACACAAUGUGAUAUUUUGUACCUUGACAAACAAUCAAUUUAUUGCUGAUUUUGAUUGAGUGCUCACAUUCAUUGAUUUCAUUCCAUAGCAACACAUAUUUAACACAGUCUUAAAAUCUUAUAGAAUAGAAUACAUUUCACUUUUUUGUGUUCAAUGUAUAAAGGAAUAGUUUGACAUUUUGGGAAAUACACUUAUUUGUUUGAUUUCUGAGAACAGGAAAAGAUCAUCAACACAACUCUGAUGUCUGCACAUCAGGUUAGCUAAGCUUAGCACAGUGACUGGAAAGAGGGAAAUUGCUAACCUGCCUCUGUCUAAAGGAAUCCACCUAUACCCGCACCUUGCAACUUUUAUUAUGUGUUAAUUUUACAGAUGGAGGGUGGCAUGUCAUUUCCUCCACAAAUAGUCAUUUUUGCGUUCAUGUUUAUGCACACAUUAUAUAUAUACAAAAUACUGCAGUGGUAUUUAUCCUGUUAUCUGAUUCUCAGGAAGAAAGCUGUAAUGUCAAACUAGUCCAUUAAGUAAAUCCACAAUCCUAAACACCAAGCAUUAGAUAGAUGUGUAUUUGUUGUGCCUUUUAGAACAUGAAAUUGGAUACCUUUUUCCGUUGGCUAUUUACAGAUUGCUUCAUUUGUUUUUCAGAAUAAAUCUAUUGUUAUGUCUUUACAAUGUGCCUUAGAUGAUGUGGCUAAAGGUUCAUAUCAUUAUAAUAUUUAUUGAAAAAGAUGUUUAUUUAUUUUUUCUCCACUGUGAAUAUACUGUAUUGUAACUCAAGAGAGAAUAAAUAGUAGCUUUUGUACAGAG